UCCCCUGCUUCCAAAUGUCGUCAACACCAACACGACGCAGAGGAGCCCUAAUGCUUCAUAGUUGUGAGCCCAUCGUACGGCCCCUAUGGCCCACCGAGCGUCAUGUCCUUCAUGCUCUUCAACUCGAUCUGGACCCUGCUGGUGCUCGCCUAUCUCGCCGUUUCUCCCGUCUACUUCGCCCGCUUCUUCCAUGCUCUCGCGGCGCUGGGCGUGGGGUGGAUCACCAUGAUCUUCUGGUUCGCCGGCUCCAUUGCCCUGGCGAGCUACUGGGGCUCUCCGAGGUGCGAUGGCAACACAUACUGCGGCUCUACCGAGGCGGCCGUUGCGUUUGGCUUUUUCCUCUGGGCGCUUUUUGGUUUCCUCGUUUUCGUCGACACCGUGGCGGCACUGCGGGGCCGCGGCCAUCACGCUUCCACUGCCCAACCCAAGCCUUCCGUCGGCGCGUAGUGGUCUCGGAUGAUCUUAGGGAUGGCAGGCGUGGUACAUGCGAGUCUCUGGAGAGACAUCAUAAUGCGGAGCGGUAUGGCCCGGAUCAUGGUAAUGGCGGGAGACGAGGUGGAGGUGCGAUCGCGGGAGUCGGAGAGGCGCGAGACUGGCGAGCCAUAAUGAACCCAAGAUACCCUAGCUUAACGAGGAUGGUUCCUUAUUUCUUCAUGCAGUACCACUUCCCCGGUGUCAAUUUAUCAUCUGAUCCUCCCCCAGCUCGCAUUCCCCGGACAGUACCUUGCAGGAACACAGGAGAGCCUGUCAGUUGGCGACCCUAACCCCAGCCCUGAAACCUUCAGUGGCGAUUCCGGGCAUUCGCCGAGGCCGGUGAAGGAGUCAUCGGCCACCAGGAUCCUUUAAAAACCGAGCCAACAACAGAACAACCAAAUUUCACGGAAAUCCUCGCUUUUCCAUUCUUCUUGGCUUAUUCCUGCGCUUGGUUGUCCGUCUUUCAAUCGGUAUCAAACGAUUCGCUGAAUACUGACGCAG